CUCAAGAUUUCAGAUGAUUAUUUCGACAACAUCGUAGCAGAAAAUUACUUGAUGAGMAUGCAACGAAUYAAUUUAUAUGGAAAACCAAACAAAAGAAACUCGUGGAAUGAAAAUUUGUCGCCUUUCAUAACUAAUGCAUUUUAUAACGCGCAGAAAAAUKCGAUGACCUAUCUCGCUGGAAUGAUACAACCACCAUUUUACAGUCCUGAGUUCCCAAAAUACAUGCAGUACGGGGCAAUAGGAAUGGUGAUUGGACACGAGCUAACUCACGGGUUUGAUUCAUCAGGUACUUGCGGUCGAAUAUAG